CGCUCGCCGCGCCGCCGCCGCGUCAGAAGAACCGAAGACACGAGACGAGCGGGUCUGUGAUUAAACCGGCUCGGUGCUCGACUGUUGCUGCUGCUCGCGUCGCGUCUUUUUUUCUCUUCAGGUUGGUGGUCGAGUGUAAAUCUCUUGUGACAGCGUUCAGGUGCGAGUGAUGCGUGAUGAUGCAAUUUCUGCUCAUGACUCUUCAUUGGAUGACGGUCAGUGCCUCGCUGCAACAGUGGACACCGGCCGCCACCGGCCCACUGGAGGAUGUCAUACGGCUGAAUGUUUCCAAAUGCCGCUCACCAAACAUGGAGGACUUCACGUGUCAGUGGACUCCACUUGAUAGCGAAGAAAACAUCACCUACACGUUCAUAUACAAGAUCGGUGAUGGCGUCGCUCAGGAGUGUCCGGAUUAUGUGACCGGCGGUCCUAACACCUGUUACUUUGACAGCAAACACACACAGGUCUGGGAGGUGUACUGUCUGAAUGUCACCGCACACACCCGGACGGGUCCAAUCACUUCACCCAAAUACUGCCUGGAUGUGGUUGAUAUAGUGGAGACAGACCCGCCAUUUAACUUGACUUACAGCAUACUGAACAAAACCGAUGACGAAUCGAGUAACAUUGUGCUGGUGUCCUGGUUGUAUCCAAUUGCAUCUCAUGUCAAUGGUGGAUGGAUCACGCUGGAGUAUGAGCUGCGAUACAGACAACUGUCAGACCCGGACCGCUGGAAGGUGAAGCAGCGCUUGCAAUUUGCUAAUCUAGAGUUGCUGGAUCUUCCCGUGGGCAGUUAUGAGGUCAUGGUGCGCUGCCGAUCCACUAAAAGUAAAUUAUGGAGCAGAUGGAGCGAUUCGAUCUACUUCACCAUCACUACCGGACGUCUGCCUGUUCACGUGAUCGUGUUCAUGUUGGUAACGGCCAUCGCAGUCAUGACCUUCCUCAUCGUCGGCAUCGGGGUCAUCCCACGGGGCAAGAGUAUUAAAGCUUACCUCCUGUCACCGAUUCCCAAACCACGCAUCCAUGGACUCGACCCCAUGCUCAUAAAGAAGGGAAAGAUCGAUGAGAUCAAUCAUCAUUUCUCCUCUUUUCACGGCUAUAAAUCUCCGCAGUACUGCAUAGAGACUUGGUACCAGGUCAACGUGGACGCGAGUCCGGCCGUGACGCUCGACAACUUUCUGUCUUACUAUAAACAAGAAGACAGGGUGAACGGCACAGCGUUCCCUCAGCAUCAACCCUUACUUCAGACGAACGUUGAAGAGCCCUCUCAAAAUCCUGCAGGGGCGAGCCAGACACAGCCGGAGCUCAUGUCUUUCCCGGGAACGGAUUACACAAUGAUUCUGAACUCGGACCCCGCCGCGAUACAGCCCGCCCAUCAGGACUUCUACACCUGCGUCAGUGAGAUUGCACCCACCGGAGUGGUCCGUCUGGUGCCCUGCCUGCCUGACGCGCUUAAAAACACGCCCUACCUGCAGUUUAAAAACGAACCGAACGACGACGACUCGGACAAAAGCGUCCAGUUAGCGGCUCUGCUAAAGAAACAGAUGAAGAUUUUAUCUGGUUUGGAUGAUGCGGGUGAGACGGAGCAGAUCGAUUCUGCAGUGCCUUCACCUCCACAUUCAGCGGACCAGAACUGAGCUGCUGGAUCGGUUUGGUUACACACACACACAUGCGACAGACAAUCGCACGCUACAGUAAAACAACAAACAUUUCCUUCAUAGUUUUCUCUUGCUUUCCAGUAAAUGAAUGUUGCUUUAAGGAUGCUCAGAUAUUUUACUGGUCAACAAGACAACAAUAGUGCUGUGUAAAACACACACACAACACACACACCUUCAGGUUAUGAGUAUCUGCACAGUGGCUAGGGUGACCGUACGUGCCAUUCUUCCCGGACGCGUCCUGGCCAGGAUUUCGGUGCGUCUUUCGAAAGUCAUAUUUGUUGACCGCAUACGCCAUUCAGUUAAAAACAUAAGACAUACAAUCGUAGUUUCAUUCUUACCUUAAACUGUAAUGGUUAAUUUCUGUAAUAAUAAUAAUAAUCCUCUAUGACUCAUGCGGUCGACAAAUAAUACUUCUGGAAGACGAACCCGAAAUCCUGGCCAGGACGUGUCCGGAAAGAAUGGCAAGUAUGUUCACCCUAACAGUGGCUCAUAUGAUUGUUAGUGAAUAUCAUAGUGGAAAACAUGAAAUAUGAGAGAGCGAGCGAGAGAGAGAGAGAGAGAAAGCUCUUGAGCAUCUCUGUGGUCCAUCAGGGGCAGUCGUUGCCUUAUUGUCUAAUGGUUAGAGAGUUGGGCUUUUAACCCAAAGGCAAGUUGUGACUCUGGUGGCCUUGAGCGAUUACCCUUUGCCCAAUUUCUUCACAAUCAUGUCAUUGUCACUUCACUUUCACAGAGUCAAACAGACCGAUCACUGAAAUAUCUAAAGUCACAUUGUGCCUAAAAAUAACAGGUAACACUUAGUGCUUUAAUCCCCAGACACAUUUAAAAACACAAAUCCACACACUAGAUGUCUGAAUCUUCACUGCACAGCCAUUAAUAAACCCAAUGCUGUUUAAACCGAGAGUAAAGAAAACCCAAUUCAUGAUGAGUUUAUUUAGGAAUCAAGACUCAGGAUUGAUUGACAUCAGAGUUUAGUUUGUGUCUGAACUUGAAGGGACCUCCAGAAACCACACCUGCCUUCACAUGAAAAGGGUGCGGUUAGGUAUGAUUCAUGUUCCAACACAAUCACAAUAACUCACGGAAGUAAACCAUCAUUGAUGACGUCUACAUGUUUGUGUCUGUGUUUGUUUACUUACCUGGAUGAAAGUGGUAGUGAUGAUUGCUUUCGCCUGAGUAUGUAUUGAUGAUAGCUCACUUUUAGUGAAGUCAUUUUAGUAGUUUUGCAAAAUUAAGAACACAGAUGAUGCAAACAACACCGUCUGUUUUUGGGGCCUUCUUCUUUAAAGCCAUUAGAUUUAGGGUCGUACGACUUUAGACCCUAAUAAUAAACUAAUGUCAACACAUCUCGGGUUCAACUGUGAAAUAAAAAAAAUCUCAAAUAUGAAUAUUUCUCAACUUAAUUACAGGAAACUGCCUUCAUUUUUAAAUGUGUAAAGCAGUUCACCACAAACAACAAUCACUCAAACCACUUUUUAUACGCAUGUCAGCUUCACCAGUGUAAAACAUGAUUGACUCGCCAGUGUUUAAUGACCAACAGUUGAUCAAUAUGACAGGGACGAGAGGAGACCGAAUGAUUUAUUAACAGCUACAGAAAAACACUUUCAAAUCUCAGAGGACCAAUCAGAUGAGAGAAUUUCAAUAAGAGUGUUUUUCCCUCAGCGAUUGAUUGAUUGUCAGAAUGUUGUUGCUGUAGCCGUUCGCUCAUUUCACUGUCUGGCCUGAUGGGUAAUAAUCAAAUGUUAUUUUUAAAGAUAUCUUAACAAGUUUAAGUCAUGUAUGCAACAACAUGCACACCAAAGACUCUUUAAACCCCUAUAACCUUCUUAAACACUUUAUAAACCUCUAUAACUCAACAUCAGCACAUUACUAAAGGAAUAUAUCUUUAAGAGUAUGAAGUAAAUACGCUGAAAGAGACUGCAGGACAAACCAGAGAAAGGUUUAUUUAGAUAUGUUAGAUAAAUAUAAAUGAUAAAAGCUAUAAAAAUGUCAAAGGUUAAAUGUCAAAUAUAUAAAUGUAUUUCAAAGUGUAUAACACUAUCUACUUUUUUUACAGAAUUAUAAAAACUGACUUGAGAAUGUUUAAUGUUUAUCAGCUUUAUAUUUAAAGCUUCACACACAGUGAUUGAGAUAUGAAACAGAUUGAUUUGUAAAUAACAAAGCUGAACUCAAUCAUUCAUUGACUUUAUUUUGCAAAUAUUGAGUUUAUUUUUUAAGACGAUGGCACUUUCCCAGAACUGAUUUCCCAAAGACAUUAAGAACUGUAACCAAACACAAAUAAUAAUGAUCUGUUAAAGUGAUGUUUAAUAUAUAAAUAAUAAAUGUGUCCACUCGUAUAAAAAUUGUUACAUGCACAUAAAUCAGUGUCAUCAUUCAGGGAUUUAACACACAUUGUGUCUGAUCAGUUCAUAUUCAUCAUUUAAACUAAGCAACAUUCACACUUGACUGCUGUGGAAAGUGCCACGUUAACUACAGUUUUUAUACGUAUAUGUUUGUGUGUAGAUUAUUGUAAUGGGUUUGGUGUACAUUAGAGACUUUAACAUUGCGUUAUUUGUUUCUGUUACAUUUUUAUUGUGCGUUAUUCCUUAUUGUGAGGUUUAUUUCUGGUGUUUUGUGCCUUUGCUCACGUGAGUUUAUAAAUGUAAAUGCACUUGUUGUACCUGCAGCUAAAAGAAACUACAUAUUAAGCUCUUCUAUAUUUAAAGAAAGAUUUAUACAGUAAUACAUAUAUUGACUGGAGAUGAAGUACAGUAUAUAUUUCGAGUAUAAAAUAUAGUUUUUUGUACACGAGAUCAUUUUUGUGAACUUUCUGAGCACUAAACUUUUAUCAUCUGUGUAAGGAUGCGUAUCUGAUGGGCUGAAUGUGUUUUAUUCUCAUCUAAAUGCAGAAAAUACUACAAAGGAACAGAUUGGACCUUUGUGUAACUCAUUUGUGUAAUUGUGUUGUUUAUUGCCGUUGUUCUGUUUCACCAGCAGAUGGUAGCAGAUGUGCAUAACAAGAUCAAUCCCAUUAUUUACUUUUAUUCAAAUACUUUAAAAAUGUCUUCAUCUUUAAAUGAUCGUACCUGAAAUGCUCUUUGUGUCACUUUAAGCUAUCUGACAAAAUAAAAACAUCAUUUAUGCAAA